AUGCAGAACCCCAACCACAACGAUGAUGAUGAUUUGCUCACUUUGUCUCUCUCAUGCAAUCGUCCAAAGAGAGCGAGAAACUCUCCCCCAUCAAACCCUCCUCCCCAAACCAUGCAUACGCAAAUGCAAAUUCCAUUCCCUAAUCCUAUGUUUGUGCCCUACCCUUCUGCUUCUAACCACAACAGCAUGCAGCAGGAAGAAUAUCGUUUUAACGUGCGUGUGAAUGCUCUUGCACCCGCCGUGUCACGACGACGUUCUCGCCGUCGCCGCCACCGUUCCCAAUCAGAGAAGAGCGAAACCGUUCCUCCACCCUUUCCUUGGGCCACGGACCGGCGCGCCACCGUGCACAGCCGCAAGUACCUCUUGGAGAACAAUAUUGUGUCCAUCACAGGGAUUUUGGAGUGCAAGAGGUGCAAGAACGAGUUCGAGAUGGUUCUUGAUCUGGAGAGCAAGUUUUCUGAAUUGUGGAACUUUAUUCGGAGGGAGAAAGAGAGCAUGCAUGAUAGGGCACCCGAGGCUUGGAUGAAUCCUGUGCUGCCACAAUGCCAACACUGCGGAAAAGAAAACAGUGCCCAACCCUUCCUUGCAGGGACAAAGAAAAGGGCCAUUAAUUGGUUGUUCUUGCUGCUAGGUCAAAUGAUCGGUUGCUGCACGCUCGAUCAUCUCAAAUAUUUUCUCAAGCACUCCAACAUCCAUCGAACUGGCUCCAAAGAUCACCUUCUUUAUUCUACCUACAUUGGCCUUUGCAACCAGCUAGUUCCUGAAUGGUUCGAUUUAUCUUGA